CCGGGAUACGUCAUUGCCGGCACUGACUUUCUUGGUGGCACUUCGCUGCGCUUCAGACUCGGACUGACAACUGCCCUGGUUAGACAAGACCAAUCUGACUGUGUCAAUGGCCGAAGAGACCGUGGUGGAGCAACUCAGCGCUUUGAAGAUGGAUGAAGGGAAAAAGGGGCAGGUAGCCUCUGAGGGUGGCAAAGAUGGAGGAAAAAAGAAGACCAAAAAUGCUGCAGGAGACACUGGAGGCAGAAAUGAGCUGUCACCAGCACCGGAGUACAUUGAGGAACGCCUUAGUUUGUACACAAAAUUGAAGGCCGAGCAUGACGCUCUUUUGGCUGAGCGAGCCGUUAAAGAAAGUAAACCCAUCAAAGUGACUCUUCCGGAUGGAAAGGUGGUGGACGCUGAGUCAUGGAAAACCACACCUUACCAGUUGGCCUGUGGAAUCAGCCAGGGUCUGGCUGACAACACAGUAAUUGCCAAAGUCAACAAUGGUGUUUGGGAUCUGGACAGACCUUUGGAAGAAGACUGCAGUUUGGAGUUGCUCAAGUUUGAUGAUGAAGACGCUCAAGCGGUGUACUGGCACUCCAGUGCCCACAUCUUGGGUGAAGCCAUGGAGCGAGUGUACGGAGGUUGUCUCUGCUAUGGUCCGCCCAUCGAAAGUGGUUUCUACUAUGACAUGUUCCUGGAGAACAACGAAGGCGUGUCAAGCAACGAUUUUCCCGGUCUGGAGACUUUGUGCAAGAAAAUCAUCAAGGAGAAGCAGCCAUUCGAGAGGCUGGAGAUAAAGAAGGAAACUCUCCUGGAUAUGUUCAAGUACAACAAGUUCAAGUGCCGCAUUCUUAAUGAGAAAGUCACCACCCCGACCACCACAGUAUACAGAUGUGGUCCUCUCAUUGACUUGUGUCGCGGUCCUCAUGUGCGACAUACUGGGAAAAUCAAGGCCCUCAAGAUCCACAAGAACUCCUCCACUUACUGGGAGGGAAAAGCGGACAUGGAAACUCUCCAGAGGAUCUACGGAAUCUCCUUCCCUGACCCCAAAAUGCUGAAAGAGUGGGAGAAGUUUCAGGAAGAGGCCAAGAACAGAGAUCACCGCAAGCUGGGCCGGGAGCAGGACUUGUUCUUCUUCCAUGAUCUGAGUCCAGGAAGCUGUUUCUUCUUACCAAAAGGAGCUUUCAUCUACAACACCUUAAUCGAGUUCAUCCGGAGUGAGUACAGGAAACGGGGCUUCCAGGAAGUGGUGUCCCCUAACAUCUACAACAGCAAAUUGUGGCAGACAUCCGGUCAUUGGCAGCACUAUAGUGAGAACAUGUUCUCGUUUGAGGUGGAAAAAGAAACCUUCGCCUUGAAGCCCAUGAACUGCCCUGGACACUGUGUCAUGUUUGACCACCGUCCUCGUUCAUGGAGAGAGUUGCCUCUCCGCAUGGCCGAUUUUGGCGUCUUGCACAGGAAUGAGCUGUCGGGAGCACUGACUGGUCUCACCCGUGUCCGCCGCUUCCAGCAAGAUGACGCUCACAUCUUCUGCUCCAUGGACCAGAUUGAGGAGGAGAUCAAAGGCUGCCUGGACUUCCUGCGCACUGUGUACGAAGUGUUUGGCUUUACAUUCAAGCUCAACCUCUCCACUAGACCGGAGAAGUUCCUGGGAGACCCGGAAGUUUGGGACCAAGCCGAGAAGCAACUGGAGAACAGCCUAAAUGAGUUUGGGGAGAAAUGGGUUCUGAAUCCAGGUGAUGGAGCUUUUUAUGGACCAAAGAUCGACAUCCAGAUCAAAGACGCCAUCGGCCGCUAUCACCAGUGUGCCACAAUUCAGCUGGACUUCCAACUGCCCAUUCGCUUCAACCUCACCUUUGUCAGCCACGAUGGUGAUGACAAGAAGAGACCAGUGAUCAUCCACAGAGCUAUUCUGGGGUCCGUUGAGAGGAUGAUCGCCAUCCUGACGGAGAACUACGGUGGAAAAUGGCCUCUGUGGCUUUCUCCUCGCCAGAUCAUGGUCGUACCCGUGGGACCCACCUGUGAGGCAUUUGCUCAGAAGGUUCAGCAAGAGUUCCACAACAGUGGCUUCAUGGCCGAAGUAGACCUGGACCCUGGCUGCACCUUCAACAAGAAGAUCCGCAAUGCUCAACUGGCUCAGUACAACUUCAUCCUGGUGGUUGGAGAGAAGGAGAUGAACAGCAACACAGUGAAUGUGCGCACACGGGACAACAAGGUGCAUGGUGAGCACAGUGUGGACGAGUGCGUCCGCCGCCUGAAGGAGCUCAAGUCUUCAAGAAGUCGCAAUGCGGAGGAGGAAUUCUGAGCUUGUGUGAUCAUGAUUUCUGGUGUUUUAAACGUCUGUCGAUGGCUAUUGGAGUCCAACUGUCCUGUCAGUCUUUCCCACAGCUCUGGUCUUCUGGAGUGAAUUUUGGAAAUAAAGCCUUUA